ACCCCAUACGUGCAUUACGCUCCGUUGAUUUCCAUGUGCCAGCGAAAAUUUAAAAUUAGAACGCGCGCCAGUCGGGCAGUCCGUUGGUAACUUUGGAUUCGGAAGGUUAGAAAUAGCGGGAGAAGAAGAGGAAAAAAGCACGACCCCCGCAAACGAACUAUUUGUUUUUUACUUAGUGCCGUUGUUUUUGUUUGUUUCCAGUUUUCCUGUACGUAAAAAUAAUGGAAAAAUUACACUGUUGCAUGUGGUUAUUUAUAUUUUCUAGUUUUGCAUAUUCCAAGAUAAUAAUUAACGAACUAUCAGUACCAAAAUCCAUACCUUUAAACGGUACUAUAGAAGUUAUAGAUCUGGACUGUAAAUUUCAAACAAUAAAUGAAUCAGGAAUAGAAGUUAAAUGGUUUUUUAAUGGCGAUUACGAUCAAAUUUAUCAGUGGGUACCUGGUUACAAUGACAGUCGUACCGCUAUGGGUAUUUUAAAGGACCGAUUAGAUCCGAAAUAUAAAGUAACGAAUAACAGCGACACCGAGUACCGGGGGUUCAGAAUAACGGAUAUUGUAAGAGAACUAACUGGGAAUUACACGUGUAAAAUUAGUGGAGAAACAGAUGAGGCUUCGAAAACUAAGCAGAUGGUUAUUUAUUCACCAGCUAAAUCUGGAAUUAAUUUUGAAUUGAAUAAUAAUGAAUUUAUAAUAUGUUCUGGGAAUGGACUAUACCCGGAACCGGAAGUUGAUUUUUACAUAUUACAGGGGAAUGGAACAAAAAUUGACAUAAACGAAGAUCAAAAUAUUGAAGUGGAUGAAGAUGGUUAUUAUAAUAUAAAUGCUACGCACGAUAUAACUGAAUAUAAUCAUUCUUCUACAGGGUCUAUAACAUUUAUUUGCAAUAUCAGUAUACCAGGGACGGAUUACUUUUUAUUCAAGGAAAUCGUCAAUAUUGGUACAACCUGGCAACGCAGCAGACAGUGAUACCAAUUAUUUUAACGAAUCCUCUUCUUCAUAGAAUAUGAGUUUCAUAGGCGUCCUGAAUGUUAUGAUUAGUUAGAAUAAAAUAUAAUUUUUGGAGUACUAUUCAAAUAGAAAAUAAUAUUCUCAUUGAUGAUCCGUGAAAAAAAAAAUAAAAGUAAAUAACAAUUAAUUAUAUAAAAUUAUCAUAAUCAUUAAAUUAUUUUUAUUUUCUGUUAAUUCAACAAUGUGAAUGUUCGUGAAUAUUCGUCUACGUCACGAUGUGUAUCUUAUUGUUAAUAUGUACAGAUCCGGCAUAGCCUUUGAAAUAUUUGUUAUAGAACUAUAAAAGCGUUCAUUUUUGUAUAUGUAUUUGAAUUUAAUCACUAGUUGUAGUGGCAUGCUUUAAUUGUUAUUCAGUAGACAUAUUUCGGUACAUUUGUCAAUACUUGCAUGAUAUCUUCGUAUAUUUUGUAUAUAAUAAAGGAAAGUUCAGUUACUUAAGAACGUCAAGAAGUUGAUACAAAUGGUUUUUUUUUUCAGAUAAUUCUGGAAUACCCCAAUUAUCAACGUCGUUACUUGCAAUUUUUAUAAGUAUUUUGGUUUUAUUAUAUUAAUUUUAUAUUUAUUAUAAUUAACUGUUGUGAUAAAAUUACCAAAAAUCGUGUAUAAAUGUAAAUAAUAGAAAAAAAUUCGAGUCUUAAAACCAAAAAUUAGUAUAAACAUUGUAAAUAUGUAAAAUGCUGGUUAUUAAUUGUAAUUUUUGAAUCUAGUCCCUAAAUAAACGUUUAUUUUAUUUA